AUGUCAGACAAGAAGGGCGAAGUCGUCCAGCAGGACAAGUCCUUCAUGGGCAUGCCGGGUUUUGUCGUCGAUUUCUUGAUGGGUGGUGUCUCCGCUGCCGUCUCGAAAACCGCCGCCGCUCCCAUUGAGCGUGUCAAGCUUCUCAUUCAGAACCAGGAUGAGAUGUUGAAGUCUGGUCGUCUUGACCGCAAAUACGAUGGUAUCGCCGACUGCUUCCGUCGUACAACUGCUGGUGAGGGUGUUAUCUCUCUCUGGAGAGGUAACACUGCCAACGUCAUCCGUUACUUCCCUACUCAGGCCCUAAACUUCGCUUUCCGUGACACCUACAAGUCAAUGUUCGCGUACAAGAAGGAGCGUGAUGGUUACGCCAAGUGGAUGAUGGGCAACUUGGCCUCCGGUGGUGCUGCCGGUGCCACCUCUCUUCUCUUCGUUUACUCUCUCGACUAUGCCCGUACUCGUCUUGCCAAUGACGCUAAGAACGCUAAGAAGGGUGGUGACCGUCAAUUCAACGGUCUCGUAGACGUUUACAAGAAGACUCUGGCCUCCGAUGGUAUCGCUGGUCUCUACCGUGGUUUCAUGCCCUCCGUUCUCGGUAUAGUCGUUUACCGUGGUUUGUACUUCGGAAUGUACGACUCUAUCAAGCCUGUUGUCCUUGUCGGUUCCCUUGAGGGUAACUUCUUCGCUUCCUUCGCUCUCGGUUGGGCUGUCACUACUGGUGCUGGUAUCGCUUCCUACCCUCUCGACACUAUCCGUCGUCGUAUGAUGAUGACGUCUGGUGAGGCCGUUAAGUACACUUCGUCUAUGGAUGCCGCCCGCAAGAUUGUCGCCGCUGAGGGUGUCAAGUCUCUGUUCAAGGGCGCUGGUGCCAACAUCCUCCGUGGUGUUGCCGGUGCUGGUGUGCUCUCCAUCUACGACCAAGUCCAGCUCCUCAUGUUCGGCAAGAAGUUCAAAUAA